UGAAGACUCAAAUGAGGAAAACGCUUCAAAAAUGAAGGAAUCAGCAGAUUUUAAAAUUAAAAAAGAUCAGAUAAAAUUGUUGGAGAAAUUUCAUGAAAAUCUGAUCAAAAAUAAUGGUGUCAAGGAAACCGAAGACAGUGACAUUUUCAAUGAAAUUGAUAUUGAAAGAAAGUCACAACAAACUGAUAUUUUAUCUGAAGGAGAUGAUGUGAAGCCAAAUAUUAAAGUAGAAGAUAUGGAAAAAUAUGAGAAUAAAUUUUCAAAUUGUAACUACUAUUAUGAUAAUGAAACUUAUAUAAUAUCAGAUGACGAUGAUGAAGAUGAUAAUGAUGAUAAUCUAAAUCAUGAAGGCGAAACCAAACCGCUCAUAGAAACAAAUUACCUCAGACAUAAUGACAUGAUUGAAAUAUCGGAUGAUGAAGAUAAUCAAGAUCAUAUUGACACACUACCAAACUCUCCUAUUUCAACAAAUGAAGACACUACAAUAAAUGAAGUUAAUAAUAGAAUGGAAAACGAACCGUCAGAUCAAAUAAAUCAUCCUGAUGUGUUAGACAGUGAGAGUCCUAAUACUAAUGAAGGAAAUAAUGUUUAUCAGCCAAAUACUAAUGUGAUGCAUUUAACAACCAGUAUACCCACACCAGAUGUAUCACCCUGCGGAUCUGUAACAACUCAGCAUUUAAAUAUUCCCCAAUACAAUCAACAAACCGAAGGAUAUUACAGUAAUUCUCACUCGAAUCGACUCCAUCAGUUGCCUAAAAAAAGAGUCGCAAACUUUAGAGCAUUCAAGUGCAAUAUCUGUGGUUCACGGACCAUUAAUAAAACAAAUAUGGAAAACCAUCUACAACGAGUUCACAAUAUCUCACCACAAGAAUUUACAAGUAAUGAAUUUCCUCACAAGCGAUACCAUCUAGUACAGCGACCAUAUCACAAUAAUCAGCAGAACAGUGAAACUAUGUACUUACAAAAUAAACCAUUUAAGUGCAAAAUUUGUAAUGCAAGAACGAAAACAGAAUUAAACAUGAAAAUGCAUCAGUUUUUACAUCAUAGCCCCGAUUCACACUUAUAUACAACAGAAUGUGGAAUAUGUAAGAAAAAAGUAUUAAAAACAAAAUUCCAAAAACAUAUUCUAUAUCAUUCAGGGCACAAAUGUGAUUAUUGUGGAGUUGUCUAUAAACAAAAAUAUUAUCUUAACAUUCAUAUUAGAAAGGAACAUUCAGAAAGGAACUUAUGUUCGGUACCGGUAUAUCAGCAGCAAAUGAAUACAAAUUUCAACAUUCCAUCUGAAAUUAUUAUAACAAAAUACCAGGUACAUAACAAAAUUUAUCCGCAAAAUAACCAGCAAUACGACAAACAAUCGACAAUAGUGACAUCUACACUAAAUUCUACAGAUGUGAAUUUAACAACGGCAGAAGAGCAGCAGCUAAGAUAUCAGGAAUGCGAACAAAUUUGGAAACUUUUCGAAAGCAGUAAUAAUAUGAGACCAUGAUUUAUGAUCAUGCAGCAAUCUCUACUCAAUAAAAGGGCAGUAGAGUGUCCCGAGGAACAGCCUUUUCAUGCGGAAAUAUCUCUCAA